UUACUGACGUCAUAGAGACAGAAGAAACGAAAAGCUUCAGUAUUUCAGGAUAGAAAAUGGCAGAGGAACAAGCUGAAGAACCUAAUCCCCGCGGCGCUGAGCGUGGGCAUUUCAUGUCCAACUACGGACUAAAGACUUACACAGCAGAACAGGCCAAGGAACAGUGGAGGGAGAGCGUGAAGGGAGAGAGCAGAUGUCGUGACAAGCGCAUGAUCACCACGUGUCGGAAUCGUGAUCUGUGCCGCGCAUGGAAGGUAGAGUACAGCCGCUACCUGUCAGGGGAGCAACCGCUGGACAGCAUCAGCUACUUCAACAAUGGCAAACAGCAAACACGGGUGUUGACAUAUGACCGGAUGUUCAAGAUCAAGCAAGGCUACUGCAGCAAGCUCCAUAGAGACGACAGACAGCACACUGACGCGUUUGAUGUCCACGCUGAGGAAUGUGAGAAGGCUGUGCCCGUCCUCACAUCCUCGCAGUACGGCAGACGACCCCCCUUGGAGACCCCUCAGAGAAAGCACGUCCGAGUUGCGACAGUAAAGAGAGACUUUUACCGGUACAGCGGCACCAACAUACCGCUGACCGAACGUUGACGGGCAGUGUAACAUAUAGGGUCGUGUUUAAUAAUUUGCAUAUAAUGAGCAUAGUAAUAAAAUUUGUACCAAUUAUAAGGUUUUAUUUUCUUCUUCGGGUCAUAGUUCGUGACUUUGAAUAAGAGAGUAGGGAGCAAUCCGUCCGCAAAAAGUUCACAAUGGGACUUUAUUACUUGAUAUCUAUAGAACGAGCCAGUAAACUCAAGGACAAUGCAAAUAAGUAGACUGGUACUGUGAGGUUUAGCCGAGAGUAAAUCCUAAGAGACGGUGGAUGGAGCUUGGUCGCGGAAAAUUAAAUCCAUUCCGCCCAUAGCCUGAAAUUGAUCUAUUGAUCUAAUAUAUAGAUUUAGGCACUGCCUAAAAGCGGAGCCAGCAUUGAAAGAAUGUUUUUAAAUGUGUUUAAAAAAAGCAAUUUUUACUGCCAUAUAAUUAUGAAUUGUAUUGGCCCCUUCAAAUGGAUCAAGCAAGCACUCAUUCAAUGCUAUUAAAUAUGCAGUAUGAAAGUACUAAACCCUGGUGUAAAAAAAGGCUGUCAAAGUUCAAGGUGCCUUAGUUGAUGAGAAUGUUUUUCAAGUGUCUAACGGUCAAUUCUUAUUUGUUCCACUAUGCGUAUUUUUUUUUUAUCAAAACAGUAUAACAAUCUUUGACCUUGUAAAGAAUAUAUCAAGGAUGUAACAGCAUUCCAAAGAUUUAGACGCCAUACUGUAGUUUCCAUGUACUACAACUGAUUAUUCAGAAGAAUGUGUUGAAAUUAAUACAUAUUAGUACACCCACCCUUUGGCCAGUUGUUUUUAGAAACCCUGGAUCCACCCAUACUAGCUACU